CGGAAGUUCCGGGCCGAGGUCCUGGUUGCCAACGAGUCUCAUCAAGUGCGGCUGGAAACGGGGGACAUGGCGGCGUCUGGCCCAGCGCUAUGCCUUUUCGACGUGGACGGGACCCUGACCGCCCCGCGACAGAAAAUCACCAAGGAAAUGGACGGCUUUCUCCAAAACCUGAGACGGAAGAUCAAGAUUGGAGUGGUGGGCGGGUCCGACUUUGAGAAAGUGCAGGAGCAGCUGGGAAGUGACGUGGUUGAAAAAUAUGAUUAUGUGUUUCCAGAAAAUGGCCUGGUAGCAUACAAAGAUGGGAAACUCUUGUGUAAACAGAACAUUCAGGGUCACCUGGGGGAGGCCCUGAUCCAAGAUUUAAUCAACUACUGCCUGAGCUACAUUGCGAAAAUUAAGCUCCCGCGAAAGAGAGGCACUUUCAUUGAGUUCCGAAAUGGGAUGUUAAACGUGUCCCCCAUUGGAAGAAGCUGCAGCCAAGAAGAACGCAUGGAGUUUCACGAACUCGAUAAGAAAGAAAACAUAAGACAGAAGUUCGUAGCAGAUCUGCGGAAGGAGUUUGCAGGAAAAGGCAUCACGUUCUCCAUAGGAGGCCAGAUCAGCAUUGACGUCUUUCCUGAUGGAUGGGACAAGAGGUACUGCCUGGGACAUGUGGAAAAAGACGGCUAUAAGACCAUCUAUUUCUUCGGAGACAAAACCAUGCCGGGCGGGAACGACCACGAGAUCUUCACUGACCCGAGGACCGUGGGCUACACGGUGACAGCGCCCGAGGACACCCGCAGGAUCUGUGAAGAGCUGUUCUCCUAGCGCCCCCUCCUCCGAGGGAGGGCAGGGGUCCUGCCGACAGGCCUCCCUCAUAUGCCGGGCUCCCCACACGGUCCGGCCGCGGGUACCCCUGGCCCUGGCGAUGCCAGAAGCAGCCAGACUUGUCACAAACGGCCUGAAGGACCACCUCCGACCAGAUUUCGCCCCCAACCCCGAGCCUCAGACCCUGCAUACAUGCGAUCAUGGUACUUAACGGUUUUCUGGGGACACUUCCCCAUCAUCCUAGGAUGAUACAAAGAACGAAUGUGCCCAGCCCCUCCCUCUCGAUGGUCUCAUGCAAAGCGUACCAGGCGUUAAUGUCUGGACCCCCGGUGUCAGUACCACAAGGGGGAUUUGGUGGUGGCAAAGGACAGGAUGUUUACAGCUGUCCCACCCCAGGACUGAAGUUUAAAAUCACCUCCCGGAAGUGAAGCUCCUGCCCGAGGGUCACCUGGGGGGGGGGGGGGGCAUUGAACCAAGGGCUCCAUGGUGGCCGCUAAGUGACCGCUGACCCCAAGGGCCUCAUACCUCAGCUGGCCUGGGGCGCAGGGGAGCCUGGAUUCACUACACUCCGGGGAGCCACUGCUUCUCUGACUUUUCCAGUGCGAGGGGGACGGGAAAGGACAGGCGGUGCUGCCCCCACGUGCAGGCCCCGGGCUGGGCUGAGAGACACCAGCCCCUGGCACCCUACUUCUCCCUGCUGGGCCCGGCAGGCUCCCCAGGGGCCUUACUCACCUCGACUUUCUCAGGGAUCACAGAAGAGCCUGGAGGGUUCCCGGAACGCAAGCAGCCUGCUUCUCCGCAGAUCUCAUGAACCUGCAUGCCUGCUCCGGCCUCCCCCACACAGUGACCUGAGGGGUGGGAACAGCCUGGUGGUUGGGCCCGUGACCCUCACCCCUGCUUCAGACUUCAAGUGGAAGGCAGCCCCAGGGCCCAGCGGAACAGGCCCUUCCAGGGAAACAGUUCACAUGUCACCUUUUAGAACCUGGACGUGUCAGGACCCACAAACCCUCAGUCCACUCCAGUCCACGGCACGGCCUCUGCACAGGGCCCGCUGACCUGACCGGGCGUCUGCACACACACACACACACCCGCCAGGUGCUUUCAUCUCCACGGAAGCGGCUUCCGUCCAAGCCUGCUGGGGACCCCGAGGCCUGUCUCGGCACGGUCCGGUUGGGGGCAGUCUGCCCGCAUGACUACACAGGGUGACGUGGCACAGUGGUUCCCAGGACACAGCUACCCCGUGGCACCUUUUGUUGAAUUUUGCAAAUGAUAUUGUAAUGACCUUUCACAAUGAAAAGAAGCAAAUUAAAGUGAUUUUAUUGUUUCCUA